GUAGAAUUUUGAAAAGACAAAAUAAUAAAUAUGUAAACUUUUGGUACUUGCUUCUAGUUUUGAUAAAGCUCCUCUGCCACCAUUGCAAUUUUCCCAGUGAGUUGUCAACUAAUUUCUGAACUUCAUUCAUUUUUUAAUUAUAAAAAUAUCUUCCAUUUUCGUUUUCAUACAAAUUUAAUACUUGUAUUAAAUCAAAUUAAUUCUUGUUAGAAUAAAACACUGCAACAGAUACCAAACCAAAGUUUCAAUUCUAAUUAUUAGUGUUAAUUAUGCUAUAAAUUUCUAAUUUCUUUGGGAAUUUUAGAGGGGUCUAUAAAUAUAAUUUCACUGAGAAAUUUACAAAGAAAAAUUAAAUAAAAAUGGUAGCAGUAACAGUAAGUAGCUAUUCAACAAUGCAAUACAUGAAAGGAUUCAGCAACAACAACAGAAGAAGAAGUUUGAAAGUGAAUUCAGAUCAAGAAUUUCCAGCAUUUCUUCCUAAACAAAUCCAGAAAAUUAAAGACCCUUUUGCUAGAAAUUUGGCUUUCAGAAUUGAACGUUUACCUGUUCAGGUUUCAUUCUCUGACACCUGCAUUAUGAGUAGUUGCAUUAGGCCAUCUAUGCAAGGAAAUACAAACCCAGUUGUUCUCCUACACGGGUUUGAUAGUUCUUGUUUAGAGUGGAGAUGUGUGUAUCCAUUACUUGAAGAAGCUGGUGCGGAGUGUUGGGCUGUUGACAUUCUUGGUUGGGGAUUUUCUGACUUAGAACGGCGUCCACCUUGUGAUGUGGUAUCUAAGCGUGAUCAUCUGUAUAAGUUUUGGAAAUUGUACAUCAAAAGGCCGAUGGUACUUGUGGGACCAAGUCUAGGGGCCGCUAUUGCAGUUGACUUUGCAGUGAACUAUCCUGAGUCUGUCAGUAAAUUGGUUCUGAUUGAUGCAAGUGUGUAUUCAGAAGGUAUCGGUGGAAUGGCACGAUUUCCCACUACACUCGCUAAUGCUGGUUUAUCAUUAUUGCAAAGCAUUCCGCUACGACUGUAUGUGAAUAAGUUGGUGUUUAAGAAUGUACCCUUUAGCACCAACCUUGAUUGGAUGAAUAUAAGCCGAUUACAUUGCCUUUUACCCUGGUGGAGGUAUGCAACACUUAGUUUCAUGGCAAGUGGAGGUUACAAGGUUACAUCUAUGAUAAAACAGGUCAGACAUCGGGCACUUAUCAUCUGGGGAGAGGAUGAUCAGAUCAUUCGGUACAAGCUUGCAUAUAGGCUGUGUGGUGAACUGCAAAAUGCCAUUCUGCGCCCGAUACCAGAUUGUGGACACAUCCCUCAUGUAGAAAAGCCAUCUGAUGUCGCAAACUUGAUCCUCAAAUUUGUUCAAGAAGACAACUGUGGUGUUACCAAGAGUGUGUCCACUAGGCCAGAUCCAACCUGUUCUUGUACUUAAUCUUGCCCAACUUCAGGGAAUAUGUCUGAAUACCAAGGUAAUUUUUUACCAAUAGCAGUAAUUUUUAUUUGAAUUCAAGUGUAAUAGAUCAUACAUAUUAUCAUAGGUAUAUGAGAAUAGUUAUAGACUUAUAGCAGUUUAAUACAUCUAUGAUGUGCUAACUCUUUGGAAUGCAUCGAGUAUAAAUUAAUUACAGUAUCAAUUUUUUCCCAUAAAAGAUAUAGACUUCGUAAUAUUAUACGAGUAAAUGUGAUGAAUAA